AUUCGGGUUUUAGUAAGAUUUACUUUAUUUCUGAUCUGAAAGUUAAUCGCUAAAUCAGACUAAGAUUUGGAGCCAUAUAAUACUAGACUAGUCUGCCAGCUGCAAUAUAAAUAAGAAAGAAACAUUAGGCUUCAGAGGAACUAUUACGAAGCUUUCUAGAACUGCUGUUUUAAUAAGGUACUCGUAAACUGUAAUGAACUGACAUGCCUAAAAUGUUAUAAAAAAAAUGUCGGUAUCAGAGUGGCGUAUUGCAUUGAAGCUGGCAGACAAGCCCUCCGCAGCAAAGUCGUUGCUGCACCUUCCUGAAACGGACCCAGGAGAGAUGUCUCCUGGGGGUUACCAGAUCUCCACACUAAAGCAGCUCAUUGCAGCCCAGCUUCCUGACACUGUGCCUGACCCAGAGCUCAUUGAGCUGGUGUAUUGUGGAAGGAGGCUGAAGGAUGAACAGAGCUUAGAUUUUUAUGGGAUUCAGCCGGGAUCAACGGUCCACAUCCUAAAGAAAUCCUGGCCAGAGCCAGAGGUUAAACCAGAGUGCGUGGACAAGGCUGCAGCUGCAAGGGAGUUCCGGGUGCUUCAGGCAGCUCUGCACAGCAGCCCUUCUUACAGAGACUCGGUGUUUAAGAUGUUGAAUAAUAAGGAAUCUUUGGAUCAGAUCAUCGUGGCCACUCCAGGCCUUAGCAGUGACCCAGUGGCUUUAGGGGUGCUGCAAGACAAAGAUCUGUUUGUCUUGUUUACUGAUCCCAAUAUGCUGGAUACGCUGACUGUGUCUCACCCAGCCCUGGUCAACGCCAUCAUCCUGGUCCUGCACUCAGUGGCCAGCAGUGCCCCUGCUACACAGAGCGCCAGCACCUCCCGCAAUGUCUCUGCCAGCUCUUACAGCGACAUGCCAGGAGGCUUUCUAUUUGAGGGACUUUCAGACGAUGAAGAAGAUUUUCAGCAGGGUAGCCGUACCACCCCGUCUACCAGCGGAGGAGCCAACGGCUCGCGCCCAGCUACUCUGGGCUACAACGGUGCUGCCGGCCCUCGACCAAUCACACAGAGUGAGCUGGCAACUGCUCUCGCCCUGGCCAGCACACCAGAGAGCAGUGCAGUCACUCCGACCACAGGGAACCAGGGCACCUCAUCCGGAGCAUCCCCAGUAAUGGGAUCCUCAGGAAUACCAGCUGGAACCCCCAUCACCAAUGAUCUCUUCACACAGGCACUACAGCAGGCAAUACAGGUGUCAAGCCUUUCAUCUCUGCAGAGCCAGUGGCAGUCACAGCUGCAGCAGCUACGGGCCAUGGGGAUCCAGGAUGAGGAACUCAUCCUGAGGGCCUUGCAAGCGACUGGAGGAGACAUCCAAGCAGCACUGGAGCUGAUCUUCGCUCGGGGAGCACCCUGAGAUGAGGGAGAGGGGACCUGAUACUGACCAGACAGCUCCACUGUAUUUGGACAGAAAUACAUUUGGAACAAGCUGUGGUACUGGAUUAUUUAAGAGGUUGUGUUGAUCAGGGUUCUGUUGAGAUACAGCAGUGAGGGUGUAGUUGAGACUGUUGCUGCCUGAGAUAAGGUUGAAAAUGGUUGGAUGUAACUUUACGGAAAUUCUUUUUUCUCUUAUGUUUCAGGCUUUUUGUUGACUGAAUUGUGUUUUUGACAACAGAUGGGUGACCUUUUAAUCAUCAAAACAAACAGCUUUAGGUAUUACAACCUUUUGGUUCUCAGUUAUGCUUGUAAGAACUGAAGAGGUUUCAAAAUAUUUAAAGGGUAUUUAAACAUUGCUUUUUGAACUGUAAGAUGCUAAUAAAGUUUCAGAAAAAGACCCAA